UCGGGUUUUGGUCCCGGUUCUCCGGCCCAACCGAUUGGAACGCAUGCCCUAGUUCUGUUGCAACCACAAUUUGGAUUCUCUUCUGCUGCUGCUCUUCGAUCUCAUACUAUCCUUGUCCGAUUUCCAAUAAAACAAUUCUAUUUCUCAAUUUCUUUUUCUUCAUUUUUUUUGUGGCUUUCUCCACUAAAUAUUUGUUAGAUCCCAAUUAUUUUAAUUAUUGGGAUUCGUUGCUCGAUUGAUUAACGAUGGGAGUUCCGGCGUUCUAUCGGUGGCUGGCGGAGAAGUAUCCACUGGUGGUGGUGGACGUAGUUGAGGAAGAACCGGUGGAUAUCGAAGGCAUUAAAAUUCCGGUGGAUACGAGCAAGCCGAACCCCAACAAUAUCGAAUACGAUAAUCUGUAUCUCGAUAUGAACGGAAUCAUUCAUCCCUGCUUUCACCCUGAAGACCGGCCUUCUCCAACCACCUUUGAUGAGGUGUUUCAGUGCAUAUUUGACUAUAUAGAUAGACUGUUUGUGAUGGUGCGGCCAAGGAAACUGCUUUACAUGGCUAUAGAUGGAGUUGCACCGAGGGCUAAGAUGAAUCAACAGCGGUCAAGGCGUUUCAGAGCAGCCAAAGAUGCAGCAGAUUCGGCAGCUGAAGAGGAAAGGUUGCGUCAGGAGUUUGAAAAUGAAGGGAGAAAGCUUCCUCCCAAACAGGAAUCACAACUUUUUGAUUCCAAUGUUAUUACUCCCGGAACACCAUUUAUGGCUGUCCUGUCCAUUGCUCUACAAUAUUACAUUCACCUAAGACUAAACAAUGAUCCUGGAUGGAAAAAUGUCAAGGUUAUUCUUUCAGAUGCAAAUGUUCCUGGUGAAGGGGAGCACAAAAUCAUGUCUUAUAUCCGUCUCCAAAGGAAUCUUCCUGGCUAUGAUCCAAAUACCCGUCAUUGUCUGUAUGGAUUGGAUGCAGAUCUGAUCAUGCUUGCUUUGGCCACUCACGAAGUUCACUUUUCUAUACUUAGAGAGGUUGUGUUCACUCCAGGACAACAAGAUAAAUGUUUUCUUUGUGGUCAAGUGGGUCAUUUAGCUGCAAAUUGUGAAGGGAAGGCAAAGAGGAAGGCUGGAGAAUUUGAUGAGAAAGGCGAUGCUGACAUUGUGCCUAAAAAGCCUUAUCAAUUCUUGAACAUUUGGACUCUUCGUGAAUAUCUGGAAUAUGAGAUGAGGCUUCCUAAUCUUCCCUUUGAGAUUGAUUUCGAAUGUAUUAUUGAUGAUUUCAUCUUCAUGUGCUUCUUUGUCGGUAAUGACUUUUUGCCGCAUAUGCCCACACUCGAGAUUCGUGAGGGUGCGAUUAACUUGCUUAUGGCUGUUUAUAAAAAGGAGUUGAGGGCUAUGGGUGGGUACUUGACUGAUGGAAGCAAGCCAAACCUGAGCAGGGUAGAGCACUUUAUUCAAGCUGUGGGGUCCUUUGAAGAUAAAAUAUUUCAAAAAAGGGCCCGAUUGCACCAGAGACAAGCUGAAAGAAUCAAGCGCGAGAAGUUUCAAGCUAAACGAGGAGAUGACUGUGAACCAACAAACAAGCCUGAGUCUCUAGUUCCGGUCAAUCGAUUCCAUGGUUCUCGUCUUGCCUCAGGUCCUUUAUCCUCCCCCUAUCAACAUAAGGGCUCUUCAUCUUCCGUAAGACAUGAUCAGCUUGGCCAUGCUACCACAAGAUUGUCUGACCUUGAUAUUGAGCGCAAACAAUCCCCAACCAUGGGUGAUGGAAAGGUCCACAAUAGAGCUAAAAAAGUUGCACGGGUUGAUCUUGGAGCAACUAUAGGGGCUGCUGUUGUCGAAGCUGAAAGUGGUCUAGAAAGUGAAAUUCAAGAAAACAAAGAGGAGCUGAAAUCGAAGCUUAAGGAGUCACUUCGGGGGAAGUCUGAUGCUUUCAAUCAGGAAAACCCAGAGGAGGAUAAUGUCAGACUGGGGGAACCAGGAUGGAAAGAGAGGUAUUAUGAAGAGAAGUUCUCUGCAAAAUCACCAGAAGAACUUGAUGAUGUACGAAGAGAUGUAGUCCUCAAAUACACAGAAGGUCUAUGUUGGGUUAUGCACUACUACUAUGAAGGGGUUUGUUCCUGGCAAUGGUUUUAUCCUUACCAUUAUGCUCCAUUUGCUUCGGACCUUAAGGAUCUCGGAAAAUUGAACAUAAGCUUUGAAUUGGGGACCCCAUUUAAGCCGUUCAAUCAAUUGCUGGGGGUUUUCCCUGCUGCAAGUGCUCAUGCUUUGCCCGAGCAGUACAGGAAAUUGAUGACUGAUCCAAACUCACCGAUAAUCGACUUUUACCCUACUGACUUUGAAGUUGACAUGAAUGGUAAGCGGUUCUCUUGGCAGGGUAUUGCCAAGUUGCCUUUCAUUGAUGAGAGCCGUCUGCUUGCAGAAGUGGCCAAAGUUGAGCACACACUUACGGAAGAAGAAGCUCGGAGAAAUAGCACUAUGUCCGAUAUGCUUUUUGUGUCAUUAUCUCACACUCUAUCCCCAUAUAUAUAUUCUCUCGAUGAUCGCUGCAAGGACUUGGCUGACAGAGACAGAAUUUCGGUUAAGGAGAGGCUUGAUCCAGGGGCAAGUGGUGGAAUGAAUGGCUAUAUCUCCCUUUGUGCUGGGGAUCCUUGCCCUCCUGUCUUCAGAUCACCUAUUUUGGGAAUGGAAGACAUUAUGAACAACCAAGUCAUAUGUUCUAUAUAUAGGCUUCCAGACGUUCAUAAACACAUAACCAAACCGCUCCCUGGUGUCAUUUUCCCAAAGAAGAUUGUGACAAUGGGUGAUCUAAAACCUGAACCUGUACUUUGGCAUGAGGAUUCUGGAAGGAGGCCAUUUGACAAUGGAAGGCACAACAAUAACAAUAACAAUAACACAAAUGGAGCCAUAUCUGGCCGACAGCUUGGAGAGGCUGCACAUCGCCUUGUGGUUAACAGUCUGCAGCAACGGGGGGAGCACAAUGGCCAUGCUGGUCAAAUGCAUCAUCCAUAUCCUCUUCAUGCUGUUGGACACAGACCGCAUUAUCAGCACUACCAGAAUCAUACAUACCCAGGUGGAGAACAGGCUUCAGUGCAAGCAAGUUCUGGCUAUUCUCACCAUAGACCACCAAGCUCCACAGCUUACAGACAACCGUAUGUUCCACAAACCCAGAAUACGCACAUCAGAUUCCAAAAUCCUCGGAAUGAGGUAUACGACACUCCCGUGCCUCAUGCUAGGGAAUACAAUAGACAUGAAUACUACCCUCAAGUCCCACCACAACAUAAUAGACAUGGAUACACGCCAUAUCCUUCUGGGAGUGGGGCUCAGGCUUCUAACCAUGCUGAUGCUUAUUUCCAUCCUCCACCACCUGGAUACAGUAAUUUAGAAGCUGAUAGAUCGUAUGGGGGUAAUUAUAACCAUAAAGCUGGUAGUUGGGUGCCCCCAGUUAAUCCGAAUGCUGGCCGAGGAUACAACAAUCCUCGCCAAACUGGCAAUCAGUUCUCUACUUUGGGUAGGGGAGGAGGUAGAAGACCGCCUCAGUCUAAUUAUCGAAGGUAGAAGUGUUCUUGUCCCUAACCUAGCUUGUGGCUGCAGGUUCACGACGGAUAAGGGUUAGCUAUAGAAUUUUAUGACUCCAUAUUGGUAUUUUAUUGUUGAUUAGGUUGAACUUUGAAUGUAGGGGGAAAAGGUCCAUAUUUGUUUUAGGAUGAGUGGCUGAUACAUAGGAGUAGCUUGUCUGUUGUAACAGUUCCUUCUAUAGUUUUUUUAUUUUGUUGAAUGUUUCCUUGUGUUGUAUAAUAAAAUUUGUAUAAACCUUUGCAAUUUUGAGAUUUCUCCAUAAAUUUGUUUAAAUAGAAUUAGUCUAUUGUUGGCGAUUUGAUAUGUAAUAAAUGAGUGCAAAUGUUAUCGUUC